AAAUACACCAACACAUGUUUACUAUAUAGAUUACAUGUGGGUGAACUUUCAAAUUCCGGUCUCUAUCUUUUUAAACAAGGAAAAUUGUGUCAAAUAGUAACUUUCAUUUCAUUUCCUAGCAAAAUUUCCUGUAAUGAUAUCCUAUAUAAGCAGAGCGUAUAGUACCUAUAGUUAUCAUUCCUCACACCAUCAAAGUCAUGGAAGGACAUUUCGGCAGAAGUUGUGCGUUUGGCCUUUUGGUUUUCGUCUUUAUUGUGGCCGGUAUCAACGCCAAUAGAUGCCGUCCAUGUGAUGGACCAAACUCCAGAUAUACAGAACACUUGAAUAAUUGCGACCACCAGGUUACUAAAGAACACGUGCUGUUGUCACUGAAGGCUCUAAACUACACGUUCACAUCAUUUAGACAUAAAGUGGUAAAUGAAAUAAACCUAAUAGAUUAUGACCAUAUUACACCUACCUGUGUCCAAAACCCUGUGUCUGCAAAGGUGAAGAGAAAAAAGGAUAGAUUUGUACAUCAAACGUAUGCCAAUUUAUCUUAUGCCAAAGAUGUUCUUGAGGGUGCCGAUGAAACGUUUAAAACGUUUGCCCCAUCAUUGUGGAACAAGAGCGUACAUGUACAAAGAGAACUGACGAACGUCAUGUGCAAUAUGGUUAAAGUCAACCGUAAAAUCCACUGCAGAAAAAAUAAGAACAAACCCUCUCGUAGAAUGAUGGGUUUCAAUAAAACGAGAGUCUGUGAAAAGAGAAAUUUGUUUCAAAACGUGUCUACCGAUAGCGAGCGGAUCGCGUGCUCUUUGGAAUCACUCAAGCACGUGAAGAAUGUAAUAGCGAACACGCUGGAAUUCUGGAACCUAUGUGUCGAGGAUUUGAAGAAUGAUUACUUGUGCCAAUUUUUAUAAGUGGCAUACUUCCUGCAUGUUAGCUUAUUACGUCAUAGUAUACAGCCGAUGUGACUAGUCACCGGAAAUAGACGUGUCCAUAUUAUUGUGUUGAAUCAAACCAAAUCUAUUUUUAUUGACUUUUAUAUUUAUUUUAUUGCUGUGUAUAAAUUUACAAAAGUUUACCAUUUUACUUUACAUUUAUGAUCGCAUAUAAAUUUACAUUUAUAUAUGUUUAUUAUCUAUUAUUUUACACAGUCAUGCAUUUUUGCAGCUUAUUGUAAAUUAUUGUAUUUUGUUACUACUAUGUUUUACUUUUAUAUUAAAACUUGAAAUCAUGA